GCGGUCACACUAGCGCUUGUGCUUGAAGAUUACCACCGGAUUAGCGUGCUUGCGUGAACACCUUGCUAAUCUCGUGUUGGAAUGUAAGCCAAGCACCUCGCGGUCACACUCGAAAACGUAUGCGUGCUUGCUCGUUGAUGUUGACAGAUAAAUUAUCUAAUAAUCUAAAGUCUAUUAAAAAUAAUUUUGUAGAUUUCAUAUAGGGUUUCAGUUUUAAAUAUUUGGCGCUCAAAAUGGAGAACGAGUCCUUGCUAUUGCUUUAUUACCAACACCAAAGAAAGCGCGCUUCUGCUAGACGCAGAUCGCUUGUUAGAAGGAGAAGACGGUUGUUUCUUGCAUUGCGAGGAAUCAACCAAAAUAUAAUGUAUUUUCAGUACGUCCGGACCAUAACACUAGCAAUAAUGGCUAUUGCUAGAAUCGUAAGUCAAAUAAAUCAACGCCAAUUUUGGGAGAUUCCAAGACCACGACUGGGUUGGUUUGAGGUGAUAUUUGGAGACGAACGUCAAUCCGGCUACUGGAAGCAGCAUUUUCGUAUGCGCAAAGAAACAUUCUUACGACUGGUAGAUUUUGUGACCCCAGAAAUCGCCAAGGAAAACACCGUUUUUCGGGUGGCUAUCCCGCCCCAUAAGCGAGUCGCUAUUGCGUUAUGGCGACUGGCGGUUGGUUCAAGCUUUCGCGCUAUCGCUGCUCAUUUCGAUGUUGGAAAGUCGACCUGUGUCACAAUCACGAAGGAAUUUUGCCAAGCGCUUAAUCGCUUGUCAAGGCAUUACAUCAAAUUUCCCGUCAGAUGUGAUGAAACUACGAGAGCGUUAGCGGUAUUUCAAGAUGAUUGCAGGUUCCCGCAAGCAGUCGGAGCAAUAGAUGGUACCCAUAUUGAAAUUAUUGCACCGGAGGAGCCUUUCGACUAUUUCGAUAGACAUCAUCGCUAUAGUGUUAUAUUGCAGGCAGUCGUAGGGCAAAACCUCACGUUUUUGGACACUGCAAUUGGUUAUCCAGGUAGCAUGCAUGAUGCACGAGUUCUGCGCUCGAGUGAUAUUUUUCAGAAGGCACAGGAUGGUGAGAUUUUAACGGAACCACUUGCUAGAAUCAACGGAGUUCAAGUUCGGCCUUUGCUGCUUGGUGAUGGUGCAUACCCUCUACUACCUUUGGUUAAUGAAGCCUUACCCUAA